UCAUAUCAGCAGGGCGCAGCCUUUCUCCCGUUUCUCGCCCGAAGCAGAGCACCACCCAACACAGCAUCAUGUCGGGCGCGGCGGCGGCGGCGGCGGCGGCGGCGCGAGUGCUGCCGAAGGCGGUGACCUUCGUGACGGGCAACGCCAAAAAGCUGGAGGAAGUCCGCGCGAUUCUCGGCUCCUCCAUCCCCUUCCAGUCCCUCAAACUCGACCUGCCUGAGUUGCAAGGUGAGCCAGAGGACAUAUCUAAAGAGAAGGCCCGAAUGGCUGCAUCUCAGGUGAAUGGUCCUGUACUUGUUGAGGACACCUGUCUGUGUUUCAAUGCGCUCAAAGGUUUGCCAGGGCCCUAUAUAAAAUGGUUUCUAGAGAAGAUUGGGCAUGAAGGUUUGAACAAUCUGUUAAAAGCUUAUGAAGACAAAUCAGCUUUUGCUAUGUGCAUCUUUUCCCUUGCUCUUGGACCAGAGGAGGAACCAAUCACAUUUGUUGGAAAAACAGCAGGGAAAAUUGUACCUGCCCGAGGGCCUGCUGAUUUUGGAUGGGACCCUGUAUUCCAACCAGAUGGAUUUGAACAAACAUAUGCUGAGAUGCCCAAGUCCGAAAAGAAUGAAAUAUCUCAUAGGGGGAGAGCUCUUGCACUGGUGAAAGAACAUUUCGCUUCUGCCAAUUAUGAAGUUCAGAGUGAUGGAUUGGCUUAAAAUUCGUUUUCAUGUCUGUUAAGAGUUUCAGAAUCUUCCAAGCUCUACAUGUACUCGUUUCUCUUGGAACUUUUGGUGACUGUCACGGAUGUACUGAAUUUUUGUCAAGAUUCUGAUGAUUUUUUUUGCAUCA